AUGGCACAAAACUACCCCAACUCGUGUCAGCCUUCACUGAUCGGCCAGCCUCCGGCGGCGAUCAAGUUUCGGCUCGUCGUUCCCCUGCUGCGGGAAGGAGCUGCAGGGGAGAAAAUCCUAGUAGGCAAUGUUCUGCAGAUGCCCAGCUCUGAUGUGCAGGACACAAUGAAGCGCCUGGGCAUCAACUCUGAAGAUCGUUCACGACUCACUACUGCUCUCUCCUGUCUAAAGAGUCCUACGGAAACAGGUAAACUAAAGCGCGCUGCCAGCCAACCUGCCGUGACUAAGCCCACAGUUGGCCAUGGCCGUUCCAUCUCCAUAUCCGUGGUUCCGUGCUCAGGUGAAAGCCCACCUUACAUCCCUCCUGAGGAAAUGUCUCCCGCCUUCUCGGAGCCCAACACUCCCUCUAGAAUCCGUGCUUCUAAGUUACAAACAGCCAAAACGGCCCAUACGCUUCCAUCGCCUUCCCGCAAACUGCUGCAGCUCCUGCCGAUGUCAAGAAGCAAGAGUCAUGACUCUCAACCUGUCAACCACACUGAGGAGCCAGCAAACCACAAGACCAAUAAGAAGAACAAGACUCUGGCUGCUAUUCAGCUCAACGGAAACAGUUUUGAGGAUUUGAACCUUCGUUCACCCUUGCUGUCCGCUGUCCCUGCAUCAGCCCCAUAUACAAUAACUGCUGCCCCGACUUUCCUGGACAACAUCGCUUUGCAAAAGAAUUCACCGCAGACAGUGAGGCGGGAUAUUGGCUUGGCUGUUACGCACAGGUUUUCAACUAAAUCAUGGCUCUCCCAGACAUGCCAAGUCUGUGGCAGGAACAUGAUCUUUGGUGUAAAGUGUAAACACUGCAAAUUAAAGUGCCACAACAAAUGUACCAAAGAAGCUCCUUCUUGUCGGAUUUCAUUUCUUACAUUGCCAAAGAUACGAAGAGCGGAAUCUGUGCCUUCUGAUAUCAACAAUCGAAUUGAUCACAGAGCGAAGAUCCCAUUGCAGUUUCGUACGUUACCAAAGGCAGUCACCAAAAGGGAGCCUCGUGUCCAGCUUGACUCAAGCAGUAACCCAUCAUCAGCCGCCUCCUCCACACCUUCCUCUCCUGCACGUUCCCAGCAGAGCAACCCACCCAGUGUCAGCGCCACGCCCCCACUCAACACACCUCCACAGGGUUUCCAAGAUCAUAACUUUCGCUUCCCAGAUGUUCCUGAGUGCAAGAAUACUGAUAGUCAACAGUCGGACAGCUCCAAUGCAUCUGGAGUAUCACAGGCAGCCAUUACUGAGACGCCGGUGAAAGCAGCUGAGCAAGACCAGAAGGCAGAGGCGGAUCAUCCGGCCAGUGAUGUCCAAGACAAGUCCUUCUCCAAUGAGGACUUUGAUGAAGACGGGCUGGAAGAUUUGCCCUCUUCCAUCUGUCGUCGUAGGACUGGUGGCCGCUGGAGGGGGGGCAUCGACCGGAAGGCCAGUCAGACCAGCAUCUACCUGCAGGAAUGGGAUAUCCCCUAUGAGGAGCUGCAGCUUGGAGAGCUUAUAGGAAAGGGUCGUUGGGGGAAAGUGUUCAGGGGUCGCUGGCACGGAGAGGUUGCCAUUCGCCUUGUAGAGAUCGACGGCAAUAAUCAGGAGCAUCUGAAGCUUUUUAAGAAGGAGGUGAUGAACUACAGGCAAACUAGACAUGAAAAUGUCAUUCUGUUUAUGGGCGCCUGCAUGGCUCCACCGCACCUUGCUAUUGUCACCAGUUUCUGUAAAGGGGUGCCUUUAUACUCUUUUGUAAGAGAAACCGGUCAUUUGUUGGAUAUGAAUAACACCAGACAGAUUGCACAGGAAAUUGUAAAGGGAAUGGGCUAUCUGCAUGCCAAAAGCAUCGUUCACAAAGAUCUGAAGUCUAAGAAUGUUUUCUAUGACUCCAACCGAGUCGUUAUAACAGAUUUUGGUCUAUUUGGGAUGUCUGGUGUGGUACAAGAAGGCAGAAGAACAAGUGUGUUGAAGAUACCCCAAGGAUGGAUCAACUACUUGUCACCAGAGAUUGUUCGCGUGAUGAGCCCAGAGGUUGCUGAGGACCAGCUGCCUUUCUCAAAAGCGGCCGAUGUUUAUGCUUUUGGCACAAUCUUGUAUGAGCUGCAUUUCAGAAACUGGCCAAUCACCAACCAGCCUGUGGAAGCUAAAAUCUGGUUAGUGGGUAGCAAUGAGGGCAUCAAGAAGGUUCUAGCGGAUGGCAGCCUAAGCAAGGAAGUUACAGAAAUCCUUUCUGCCUGCUGGUCUUUUGAAAUAGAAGAAAGGCCGACCUUCACCCACCUGGCCGGUAUGUUGGAUAGGCUACCCAAACUGAACCGCCGACUGUCCCACCCUGGACACUUCUAG